AUGAAUGGACAUGGCCCGAACUGCUCCGCCAUUACAGACGGCGUGGAGCACCGUUACGCACAUGUGAAGUGGUUUCACGCCGUGAACUCCCAGGCCGCGUUGCUGGAGGCGGCGCAGGCCAUCGAUGGACUAUUUUACGAAGAACACGAAUGUGGAGUGCGAGGCAGCGAGGCCAAGAUCAACCACAGCACGUUGGCAGACACAAACGUCAGUGGUGGUGGUGGUGGUGGCGACGUCACAGCUGCCAACGGCUGCUCCAACGCACCGGUGUAUACAGUCAUCGGUAUCGAGGCGAAUGUUCAGUGGCACCCGACCCUGGAAACGGCCGUCAUGCGACGCGACCCUCUGCCGUCAGCGGCGGUCGACGUGUGCUCAGGCGACGGCAACGGCAACAAGGAUCAAAGCGCACACAACGAUCGUUCUCCAGCUGCCACAGCGACCGCGGAUGCGGCGGAGGGCAGCACCUUUCCACUCGAGGCGUUUCUCCACGCUUUGGCGGAGGCAGUGAAGGGGUGGCAGCAACGCGCCGCCCUCUUGGCCGAAGCCUCCAUCCGCCCCCCAGCAGCUGUGCCGCCUCUGCGAGUCAUUGUAAAGCUUCACUUUGAAGCGCUCCCGGCAGCGCAACAGCUCCUCACGCACGCCGAGGCGCAUACGUGGGCGGGCCUUGAGGAACUAUGCCGGCAGCCCCACAGCGAGGGAUGCACAGCUGCGGCCAUGUCCGGUACUGUGCGCCAACACGCCUCACUCUCGGUCGUCGAUCACUCAACCGACGCUUCGGCGACGCCAUCCAAUCCGCAAGGCCAGCCGUUCAUGCCAGCAGCGUCGCAUCCUCCCGCCGCUGUGGCCGUAGAGCUGUGGUGGAGCGCCGAUGUGGUCGCGCAGACCGGGGUCACCCCGCACCCCUUAUCGUUUGCUGCGGCCCCGGCAUCCGUCGUGCAAGAUCUCAUGGUGCGAACGGCCCAGGUGCUCGGCCCUCGCGUUCCGCUUGGCUUUUCUCUUGGCUGGGUCCUCUGCCCGCGUACCGUCCCGGCUGGAGUGCUGACGAUGACCAAGUCCACCGCGGCGUCACCAGCCACUGCCUCAGCGUCGACGGUGAUGCCGCAACCGCGAUACGUCUUUUACAGCCUCCUCGAGGAUGCCGCAUCCAUGAAGUCCUUCCUGGACGGCCUCUGUAAGGAGCUCGAGUCCUCUGCGCACCGGCACAGGAAUGGGGCAGCCGUGGAGCACAGCGGAGGCACCGCCCUCUCUGGCAUCGUGGGCACGGAGGAGAUGGCGAAACGCAGCGAUCAGGCGGUCGUCAGCGCGUCGGCGCCACCGCCCGCGUCACGCCUUGUGCGGCACAUCACGUUCACGAUGAUGUUUGAGAGCGUCUUCGCCGACGUGUACACAGCGAAGGAGCGGCAGCAGGCCUUCGAGUCGUCGGUAGCGGCCACGGCAUCCCUCAACGCGGCGGCGCGGAAGGCAGACGAGACUCGCCGUGUCGCCGCAGCCGUGCUGGAGCACACGACGAAGCUCUUCAGCGCGCCGCGCGCCACCACAAGUGCAACGACGAAGACGUGCAUGAGCGGCGCGGUAGGCAAGGUGGUUGAGGCGGAGCUGCUGGAGGAGGAGUCACUGAAGCACGCGGCGGCCCCAACAGCUGCGACGAUGACGCCAUCGGACGAUCCGCGUGUGUUUCCGACCUUUAGGAAGGCCAUCCGACCACCAUCGCACGCCUCCCUGGCCGUCGCGUCGUCUGUUGCGCAGCCGAUGGCAUCCUUGAAGAUCGAUGAUGAUGGCGCUUUUCAGGUGAACGUGGACAGAGUCGCACGUGUCUUUUUCCCCUAUUGCAGCAUUGACACCUGA